CCGGAGGAGCCUGGGGAGAGUUCGGCAGCCCCUGAGGAGGGAGCUGUGCCGGGGAGGCCGGGGGGUCCCACAGCAGCCGGGUCCUGCGGGUUGAGCUCCCUCGGCACAGCCGAGCCCAGCCCGCAGCUGUGCCCGGGGCCAAGGAAAUGCCAUUAAAUCGUAGUGGUUUCACCUGAGGAGUCUCUUAGGGGUAGAUGGAGAACGUUAAGGUCAAGGAUCCAUAACAAUGUGGGGUUUUCUUACCUAUACCUCAUCCUAACAACAAAUUGUGGAGUUGAGGAUUGAAGAAAAAAAAACAAAAAACAAAACGAACCCGAAUUCGCAGCUGUAGGCUGAGCAAUAAUUAAAGUGCUCAGGCGGCUUCAUGCAGCAAAAUGAAGACUUGUUAUUCGGGUUGAAGUUAAGUAUAGCAUGAGCUGUCCUUACUUUAAAAAAAAAAAAAAAAAAAGUGCUUUUCCAAGAGCUUAAAAUGGGGAUUGCUAAAGUGUAGAGAGCUAAGGACUUAUGAAAAGGAUAACUUUGCUCAGUUUUUAAUGUCUGUUUGUAGACCUGAUGUAUGUUUUGACUGUAAUUAAAGACCGUUUGCUCAAGGGACUGUGUUGCUUUUUAAAUAAAAUUAUAGAAUGUAGCAUUUAAAAUGUUGAGCAACAUAGUUAUAAGGUGCUUCUAAAAUAGAAUUAUAGAAUGUAGCUUUUUAAAUAAAAUUAUAGGAUGUAACGUUUAAAAUGUUGAGCAACAUAGUUAUAAGGUGGUUUGUUCACGGGCAGACCAAAAAAAAACAAAUUGGAAAAAAUUACUGAUUGCAGAGCUAAACGCUGGUCUUGAGGAAACUGAAAGUGUCUGGGGUUUGUUGCAGGUGCUGCCGGUGUGAAAGAUGAGGCUGCACGAGAGCCGGACGAGACGCUUCCAGGCCCCUGCCACUGUGCACACCUUCCCGGGCCGGCAGCUCUUCGUGUUCCCCAGUGGCCGCUCCGACUCGGAGGAGUCCUCGGAGGAGGAGCUGAACGUGAUGGAGUUGCGGCCCCGGGGCAAGGAGCAGCAGCGGGGCAGCGCCGCCCGGGGCCGGCCGGGGGACGUGGUGCUCCUGGAGAGGGAGCUGACCGAGGAGGACAGCCUCAACAAGCUGGCCCUGCAGUACGGCUGUAAGGUUGCAGAUAUCAAACGCGUCAACAACUUCAUCCGGGAGCAGGACCUGUACGCGCUGAAGUCCAUCAAGAUCCCGGUGCGGCCGCACGGGCUGCUCACGGAGGGCGCGGGGGCCCUGCGGCCGCCCCCGGCAGAGCCCGCCCAGCCCGGCCUGGCGCGCGCGGAGCCGCCGGAGCCCGAGCCCGGGGCGGGCAGCGCUGCUGGCGGCCAGCGAGUCAGUGACUACUUCAGGGGCAUCGACCAGAGCAUCCAGGACGCCGUGCAGGUGGAGGUGCAGCUCAACGCCGAGUACGGCGGGGAGGGGCUGGAGAGGCCCCUGCCCGAGGCGGGGAAGCGGGACAAAGCCGGGAACGGCGCGGACUGCGGAAUCCAGUGGUGGAACGCCGUGUUCAUUAUGCUCCUGAUAGGAAUCGUCCUGCCAGUGUUUUAUAUCAUCUAUUUUAAAACACAAGGCCUGGUGGCCCACAACUCUAACAUGACAAACUCAAAUGUUUCGUCGGCUGGAUAGGAAGGGAAAUUACCACAAGACUCAGUUGUAGGAAAAAAAAUCCUAAGGUGAAAGGGCAGCCCACUUCAGCCUCUCCAGCAGUGAUGCCCGUAUGCUCGUGACCGACUCAAGUGCACCCGAGGGGAUACAACAAUACAGAUUAUUUUUAUUUUUAUAAGUAGCUGAUGAUGUAAUCCUGAAUUUGACUGAAAAUGAGGUGAUGUGAUUUUGAUAGAAAAACAAGGAUGCUUUGUUGCUUAAAGAGAUCAUCACCCAGGUGGCUUCAGAGUUGGGAACUCUGUUGAGGGAAAGUAUUUUGUAGCAAUUUAUUCAUUAUAGUUGCUUCAGGUAUUUCUUAAUGAUGUGUCUAGAAGCAAAUUCUUUGCUGCUGAGCUAGAGAGUGCAGUAUUAAUGUGGUUGGAAAGUUGGGGGUUGUUUGCAUUUUAAGGAAACACUUUUUGCUGGAAUAGAAGCGGGGGACACUUUUUCUCAGAAGUGUCAUUUUUGUCUCUUGCAGACCAUGGUGGUUUUGGCCUGCUUGACCCUAAUGAUGCCUUCUGGAGCUCUGAGCUGGGUGUGCCAGGGCACAAUGAUGCUGCCAGCACCCCACCUUGUCACCCCCUGAGCAAAUCUUUAUGCUGUGUUCAAUUGAGAUGCAUCAGGCCCAACCCUGGCAAGGGUGAGCCCAGACCUCUUCCCCUCAGUGAAAUUCCUCAGAGAUCUCAGUGCAGGAUCUGUGCUGUCCCAGGGUGCUGCUCAGCCCUGCAGGGGCUGUUGGAUGAGGACAGGAGAGCAUGAGAGAGGAGUCACAGGCACUUCUCAAGGGCUCAUUUGCUGGCAGGAGCUCUAGUCAGUAUUAUUUGCUAAAAAAACUAAUAACAGUCUGCAGUGGUGCUUCUCAGAGACCCAGGCUCAGGCAUGGAAUUACUUGCUCGUGUGCAGUCUGAGUGGGAGUGAAGUGGGAGCUGGGUGCAGGUUGCAAGGCCCAGGACAGAAGCCCAAGAAGAAAGAAGGGUGAAGCCUUUCUGGAGAGGACUGUGACACUGCUGCUUGUGGCAGUUUCUGUGAACUGAGCACGUGCACUGAAAAGCUUCACAGGGCAGUGGAGGUGUUGGUCAGCCCAGGGCUGUGCCCUUCCGGGCCACUCAGCAAACACUACUAGCAAGGGAGCAGCAAGGGAGGCCUUGGGAGCUUUGCUAAACAGAAGAACUUGCCUCAGAAAUUGGAUUCAGCAAAUUCUGGGCCUGUGGGCAGAAGUAAAGGCUUUCCUGGAACCAACCACUACAUGUGUGGGCAGGUGCUGUUGGUGCUGAGGGUGAGGGCAGCGCUGCUGUGGCCCAGCCCCAUUUGCAGCUGCCCAGCCCAGCUUCCCCUGGCAGCCUGAGGCCGGCUGGGGCAGAGCAGGGGCUGGAGAGGGGCUGUGCUAGGAGCACCUGCUGUGCAGGUGUGGCCUCAGCCUGGCCUGAAGGACACACACUGCCCCUGUGCCUCUGCCUGGCACUGUCUGCCUCGACAGGGAGGAUCGAAGGGUCUCCAGCAAGGUGAGGACCCCACACCACACAGGCACAACCUUGUGCUGCUACAAUGAGAACCUGUGUUCCCUGCAGCUCUCAAAAGUGGGAACCUAAUUUUAUAAAUGAACACUCCAAAGCAUCUUAUACUGAACAAAAUCUUGUAUUUUUCUUCUGUGAAGAGGUGUAUCUUUUUGUUCUGGGGAUGGGUGGGACCAGGUUCUUAUAUUUUUAAAUAAAGCCACAUGAAAUAAAA